AUGUCGCGCGGCGCCGCCGACAAGCCGAGCGGCGGCCCCCCGGGCUUCCUGUCGCCGCCCGCGCCGGCCCCCAAGAACGGCUCGAGCUCGGAUUCCUCCGUGGGCGAGAAACUGGGCGCCGCGGCCAGCGACGCGGGGCUCGGCAGGACCGAGGAGUACCGGCGUCGCCGCCACACGAUGGACAAGGACAGCCGUGGGGUGGCCGCCGCCGCCACCACCACCCCCACGGAGCACCGCUUCUUCCGCCGGAGCGUCAUCUGCGACUCCAAUGCCACCGCGCUGGAGCUGCCCGGCCUCCCGCUCUCGGUCCCCCCACCGAGCGUACCCGCGCCCGUGCCCCCGACUGCUCCAGCCGAGCCGCACCGGGAUGAGACUCUGAGCGCCUCUGCUGCGGCUCAGCUGGCCCGGCCGUCCCCGGCCGCCGCCGCCGCUGCCGCCGCCCCCGAGGAGCCCGCCGCCGCCGGCCCCGCCACCUUGACGGUCCCCAGCACGACCAGCAGAGAGCGGCCACUCCCGCAGCCCGGCGCUGGGGGCAAAGAGGAGCCACCGCCUGCCAGAGGUGGAAGUGGUAGCGGCGGAGCCAGCGCCAGCGCCGCCGCCAAGGAGCUGCAGGAGGAGCGCAGCCAGCAACAGGAUGAUAUCGAAGAGCUGGAGACCAAGGCCGUGGGAAUGUCCAACGACGGCCGCUUCCUCAAGUUUGACAUCGAAAUCGGCAGAGGCUCCUUCAAGACGGUCUACAAAGGUCUGGACACCGAAACCACUGUGGAAGUCGCCUGGUGUGAGUUGCAGGAUCGAAAAUUAACAAAGUCUGAAAGGCAGAGGUUUAAAGAAGAGGCUGAAAUGUUAAAGGGACUUCAACAUCCCAAUAUUGUUCGAUUCUAUGAUUCCUGGGAAUCCACAGUCAAAGGAAAAAAGUGCAUUGUUUUGGUGACUGAACUAAUGACAUCUGGAACACUUAAAACGUACCUAAAAAGGUUUAAAGUGAUGAAAAUCAAAGUUCUAAGAAGCUGGUGUCGCCAGAUCCUUAAAGGACUUCAAUUUCUUCACACUCGAACCCCACCAAUUAUUCACCGGGAUCUUAAGUGUGACAACAUCUUUAUCACUGGCCCUACAGGCUCAGUCAAGAUUGGAGACCUUGGUUUGGCAACUCUGAAGCGGGCUUCUUUUGCCAAGAGUGUGAUAGGCACUCCAGAAUUCAUGGCCCCUGAGAUGUAUGAGGAGAAGUAUGAUGAAUCUGUUGAUGUUUAUGCUUUUGGCAUGUGCAUGCUUGAGAUGGCUACAUCUGAAUACCCAUACUCAGAGUGCCAGAAUGCUGCACAGAUCUACCGGCGAGUGACCAGCGGAGUGAAGCCAGCCAGUUUUGACAAAGUAGCAAUUCCUGAAGUAAAAGAAAUCAUUGAAGGAUGUAUAAGACAAAAUAAAGAUGAACGAUAUUCCAUCAAAGACCUCUUGAACCAUGCCUUUUUCCAGGAGGAAACGGGGGUACGGGUAGAAUUAGCCGAAGAAGAUGAUGGAGAAAAGAUAGCUAUUAAAUUAUGGCUGCGUAUUGAAGACAUUAAGAAAUUAAAGGGAAAAUACAAAGACAAUGAAGCUAUUGAGUUUUCCUUUGACUUGGAGAGAGAUGUGCCAGAAGAUGUUGCUCAAGAAAUGGUAGAAUCUGGAUAUGUCUGUGAAGGUGAUCAUAAGACCAUGGCUAAAGCUAUCAAAGACAGGGUGUCUUUAAUUAAAAGAAAACGAGAGCAACGGCAGUUGGUACGAGAAGAACAAGAAAAAAGAAAACAGGAAGAAAACAGUCUUAGACAGCAGGUUGAACAACAAGCAAAUACUUCCCAGACAGGAAUCCAGCAGCUCCCUUCUGCUAGCACUGGUCUACCUACUGCUCCCACCACUUCCACUUCAGUUUCUACACAAGUAGAGCCUGAAGAACCGGAGGCAGAUCAGCAUCAGCAACUACAGUACCAGCAGCCCAGUAUAUCUGUGUUAUCGGAUGGAACAGUUGACAGUGGUCAGGGAUCUUCAGUCUUCACAGAAUCUCGAGUGAGCAGCCAGCAGACAGUUUCCUAUGGUUCCCAGCAUGAACAGGCACAUUCUACUGGCGCAGCUCCAGGACUUACACCUAGUGUCCAAGCACAAUCUCAGCCACAUGGGGUAUAUCCACCCACAAGUAUGCCUCAGUCCAUGACGCAUCCGUGUGGGGGGACCCCAACAUUCCCAGAAUCACAGAUAUUUUUCCCAACUAUUCUUGAACGUCCAGUUUCUUUUUCACCACCUCCCAUCUGUCCACCGAAAGUAGCCAUUUCCCAACGACGUAAGAGCACCUCCUUCCUGGAAGCCCAAACUCGCCACUUCCAGCCCCUGCUGAGGACUGUUGGUCAAAAUCUUCUGCCUGGUGGCAGCCCAACUAACUGGACACCUGAGGCUGUACUUAUGCUGGGUACUACAGCCAGUAGAGUAACUAGAGAGCUAUGUGAAAUACAGGUCCAGCCUGUGUUUGAGCCAACUCAAGUUUACAGUGAAUAUAGACCUGGACUAGUACUGGCAGAAGAAGCUCAUUAUUUUAUUCCUCAGGAAGCAGUGUAUCUAGCUGGGGUACAUUACCAGGCCCAGGUGACAGGACAGUAUGAGGGCAUUUCAUACAACUCACCAGUACUUCCAAGUCCUGUGAAACAGAUACCUGAACAGAAGCCAGUGCCAGGGGGCCCUACCUCAAGCUCUGUCUUUGAAUUUCCACCUGGACAGACUUUCCUGGUAGGACACCUUCAGAAUUUAAAAUUAGAUUCUGGACUGAGUCCAGCAUCUCCCCUCUCUAGUAUUUCUGCACCUAACAGUACAGAUGCUACACAUUUGAAAUUUCACCCUGUCUUUGUUCCGCAUUCUGCACCAGCUGUGUUAACUCAUAGCAGUGAGAACAGAAGCAACUGUGUAUUUGAAUUUCAUGCUCAAACACCAAGCUCCUCUUCAGGAGAAAAAGGUGGGAUUUUACCUCAUCGUGUUUACAGAAAUCGACAGGUUGCAAUGGACUCAAAUCAGGAAGAACUGCCUCCUCAGUCAGUUGGAUUACAUGGCCAUCUGCAACCUGUGACUGAAGAACAGCGUAAAAACCAUGCCCCAGAAUUGACCAUUUCUGUGGUAGAGCCUUUGGGACAAAACUGGCCAAUAGGAAGUCCAGAAUAUUCCAGUGAUUCCUCUCAAAUCACUUCUUCAGAUCUCAGUGAUUUUCAGUCACCUCCUCCUACCGGGGGAACAGCUGCAUCUUUUGGUUCCGACGUCUCAUUGCCCUUUAUACAUCUGCCUCAGACAAUGUUACAAGAAUCCCCACUUUUCUUCUGUUUCCCCCAAGGAACCACAUCUCAGCAGGUCUUACCUGCCUCAUUUUCUUCAAGAGGAUCUGCACUGCAUCCACAGGCACAGGCGCAGAGCCAGGGCCAGCCAUCCUCAAGUAGCUUAGCAGGAGUUGCAUCUUCCCAACCCAUUCAACAUCCCCAGCAGCAACAAGGAAUACAGCAAACAGCCCUUCCUCAACAGGCAGUACAGUAUCCACUACCACAGACAACAUCUUCCAGUGAGGCCACUACUGCACAGCCAGUUAGUCAGCCUCAAGCUCCACAGGUCUUGCCUCAAGUGUCAACUGGAAAACAGGGCUUCCCAUCUCGACUGCCACCACAAUACCCAGGAGAUUCAAAUAUUGCUCCCACUUCCAACGUGACUUCUGUCUGCAUCCAUUCUACAGUUCUAGCCCCUCCCAUGCUGACAGAAACAUUGGCUACACCAGGUUACUUUCCUACAGUAGUGCAGCCUUAUGUGGAAUCAAAUCUUUUGGUUCCUAUGGGCGGUGUAGCAGGACAGGUUCAAAUGUCCCAGCCAACAGUGAGUUUAGCGCAACAACCACCUACUACAUCCUCCCAGCAAGCAGUUCUGGAGAGUACUCAGGGAGUCUCUCAGGCUGUUCCUCCAGAAACAACUCCAGUAGCACAACCACAGCCUACCCAACCUGGCACAUUAGUUUCCUCUGUAGACAGUGCACAUUCAGAUGUUGCUUCAGGUAUGAGUGAUGGCAAUGAGAACGCCCCAUCAUCCAGUGGGAGGCAUGAGGGACGAACAACAAAACGUCAUUAUCGGAAAUCUGUAAGAAGCCGCUCUCGUCAUGAAAAGACUUCACGCCCAAAACUGAGAAUUUUGAAUGUUUCAAAUAAAGGAGACCGAGUAGUAGAAUGUCAGUUAGAGACUCAUAAUCGGAAAAUGGUUACAUUCAAAUUUGACCUAGAUGGUGACAACCCUGAAGAGAUAGCAACAAUUAUGGUGAACAAUGACUUUAUUCUAGCAGUCGAGAGAGAGUCAUUUGUGGCUCAAGUGCGAGAAAUUAUUGAAAAAGCUGAUGAAAUGCUCAGUGAGGAUGUCAGUGUGGAACCCGAGGGUGACCAGGGAUUGGAGAAUCUACAGGCCAAGGAUGACUAUGGCUUUUCAGGUUCUCAAAAAUUGGAAGGAGAGUUCAAACAACCAGUUCCUGCAUCUUCUAUGCCACAGCAAACAGGAGUUCCUACCAGCUCUUUAACACAAGUUGUCCACUCUGCUGGAAGACGGUUUAUAGUGAGUCCUGUGCCAGAAGGUCGAUUACGAGAAUCAAAAGUUUUCACCAGUGAAAUACCAGAUACCGUUGCUGUCUCCACAUCUCAGGGUCCUGGAAUGAACUUGUCUCACUCUGCUUCAUCACUUAGUCUCCAGCAGGCCUUUUCUGAAUUGAAACAUGCCCAUAUAACUGAAGGACCCAGUACAGCACCUCCAAACUUCAGUCACACAGGACCAACAUUUUCUCCUUUCUUGGGUAGCGCUGCUGGUGGCCCAACCACAGCAGCAGCCAAGCCUUCAGUAUCAGUCUCUGUAACAAGCAGCCCUCUUAAUGACAUUUCCACACCAGUAAUUCAGUCUGAGGUUACAAUUCCUAAUGAAAAAGGGAUUGCAAGAGUUACCACCAGCACAAGUGUGAUAACUUCAAGUGGUCUCCCUACAUUAUCUGUGUCUGAAUCGCCAGUACUCUCCUGUGUGGUUUCCAGUGUCACAAUGCCUUCAGUUGACUCAGUGUCUCCAACAUCCCAGCCAAUUCAGGCCCCCACAUCUGGAAGCAUUGUGUCUAGUAUAGGCACUUUGCCUUCUGGAACAGUUUCAGUGACUUCAGCUGCUACCAUGGGCAGUGUGGCUGCCCAAAGUGCUAAGUCUUCAGCUGUAUCAUUGCAACAGGCCACAAGCAGCACUACUGGGAUAGCCAUAACAACAUCAGUCUCUGCCACCACUCCAUUUCCAAGCAUGGCUUCACAGCCACCCCUUCAUCUUAGCAGCAGCACUUCUGCCCCUGCUUUAGCUGAAACAGUGGUGGUUAGUGCACACUCACUAGAUAAGACAUCUCAUAGUAGUACAACUGGAUUGGCUUUGUCCUUCUGUGCACAGUCUUCCUCCUCUUCCCCAGGAACAGGAGUUUCUAGUUCUGUUUCUCAGCCUGGUGUAGCACAUCCCUUAGUCAUCUCAUCAGCCAUAGCUUCUACACCUGUCCUUGCCCAAGCAGCAGGAUCUACACCUUUAUUACCCCAAAUACCUAGUAUCCCACCCUUGGUACAACCUGUUGCCAAUGUGCCUGCUGUACAGCAGACUCUCAUCCAUAGUCAGCCUCAGCCAGCUUUGCUUCCUAACCAGCCCCACACUCACUGUCCAGAAAUAGAUGCUGAUACCCAACCCAAAGCUCCAGGGAUUGAUGACAUAAAGACUCUGGAGGAAAAGCUAAGGUCUCUCUUCAGUGAACACAGCUCAUCUGGAGCUCAGCAUGCUUCUGUUUCACUAGAGACAUCACUAGUAGUAGAAACUGCAGUCACACCAGGCAUCCCCACCACCGCUGUUGCACCAAGCAAACUCAUGACUUCUACUACAAGUACUUGCUUACCACCAACCAGCUUACCAUUAGGGACGACGGGAUUGCCAGUUAUGCCAGUGGGCACACCUGGGCAAAUUUCUACCCCAGGCACCUAUGUUUCAGCUGCAGUCAGCACUGCAACAGGAGUGAAAUCUGGAACUACUCCCUCAAAGCCACCUUUAACUAAAGCACUGGUGAUGCCAGUGAGUACUGAAUUUCCAGCUGGUAUUCUACCUUGUGAGCAGCUAUCACCUUUUCCUGGACCUUCCCUAACUCAGUCCCAGCAACCUCUAGAAGAUCUUGAUGCCCAGUUAAGAAGAACACUUAGUCCAGAGAAUAUUUCAGUGACAUCUGCAAUUGGUCCGGUGUCGAUAGCCCCAGCACCAGUUACAGAAGCAGGAGCACAGCCUCAGAAGGAUGUUUCUCAAGGUACUGAAGGCCCUAUUCUACCAACUAGUUCAGGAGCUGGUGUUUUUAAGAUGGGGCGAUUUCAGGUUUCAGUUGCAAUGGAUGAUGCCCAGAAAGAGGACAAAAACAAGUCAGAAGAUACAAAGUCUGUUCAUUUUGAGUCUAGUACAUCAGAGUCCUCAGUGCUAUCAAGUAGUAGUCCAGAGAGUACCCUGACAAAGUCAGAGCCUAAUGGCCUAACAAUUCCUGGUGUUUCCUUAGAUGUGCCAGACAGUGCCCAUAAAACUUCUGCUCCUGAAGCAAAGUUAGAAACCGGGCAGCCUACCAAGGUUGGACGUUUUCAGGUGACAACCACAGCAGAUAAAGUGGGUCGUUUCUCGGUAUCAAAAACUGAGGACAAGAUAACAGAUGUCAAGAAAGAGGGACCAGGUACCUCUUCUUCUCUCAGAGAUUCAGAGCAAUCAGUUCUUCCUGUCAUGAUACCAAAGAAAGAGAAGCCUGAGCUAGUGGAACUUUCACAUUUGAAUGGGCCAUCUUCUGACCUGGAAGCCGCCUUUCUAAAUAGGGGUACAGAGGAUGGCUCAGGAAGCCCACAUUCCCCCCGUCACUUGUGUUCAAAGAGCCUUGCCCUCCAGAGUCUCAGUCAAAGCCUUAGUAAUUCAUUCAACUCUUCUUACAUGAGUAGUGACAAUGAGUCAGACAUUGAAGAUGAAGACUUAAAGUCAGAGCUGCGACGACUACGAGAAAAACAUCUUAAAGAGAUUCAAGACCUGCAGAGUCGCCAGAAGCAAGAAAUUGAAUCGUUGUAUACAAAACUGGGCAAAGUUCCCCCUGCUGUCAUCAUUCCCCCAGCUGCUCCCCUGUCAGGAAGACGACGACGACCCACUAAAAGCAAAGGCAACAAAUCUAGCCGCAGCAGUUCAUUAGGGAAUAAGAGCCCACAGCUUUCAGGUAACCUGUCUGGUCAAAGUGGAACUUCAAUUUUGCACCCCCAGCAAACCCUACAACCCCCAGGCAACACCCCAGAGACUGGGCACAAUCAGCUAUUACAGCCUCUUAAGCCAUCACCCUCUAGUGACAACUUCUAUUCAGCCUUCACCAGUGAUGGUGCCAUUUCAGUACCAAGCCUUUCUGCUCCAGGUCAAGGGACCAGCAGCACAAACACCGUUGGGGGAACGGUGAGUAGCCAGGCUGCCCAGGCUCAGCCCCCUGCCAUGACUUCCAGCAGGAAGGGCACAUUCACAGAUGACCUGCACAAGCUGGUAGACAACUGGGCCCGAGAUGCCAUGAAUCUUUCAGGCAGGAGAGGAAGCAAAGGACACAUGAAUUACGAGGGACCCGGAAUGGCAAGAAAGUUCUCAGCUCCUGGGCAACUGUGCAUUUCCAUGACCUCAAACCUGGGUGGCUCUGCCCCCAUCUCUGCAGCAUCCGCUACCUCUCUAAGUCACUUCGCCAAGUCCAUGUGCCCCCCACAGCAGUACAGUUUUCCAGCUGCUCCAUUUGGCACUCAGUGGAGUGGAACAGGUGGUUCAGCACCACAGCCACUUGGCCAGUUCCAACCUGUAGGAACUACAUCCCUGCAGAAUUUCAACAUCAGCAAUUUGCAGAAAUCCAUCAGCAACCCCCCAGGUUCCAACCUGCGGACCACUUAGUCAAACCUGGAGAUGUUAACUGAGUAGAUUUGGGGGCAGGAGAAGGAACGCUGAGGGGUGGGGGGGUAGGGAGGUAGCCUGUAUACUAACUGCUAGUGCUGCAUUUAACUGGUUAUUUCUUGCCAGAAGGGAAUGUUUUUAAUACCAUUUUGAACCCUCAAAAUGGAGAGCCUCCUUUCCUCUCCUUAGGAGCAGGACAAGAAGAGCAACUUUCUUGUGGAGGUGCUGUCUGAAACUAUGCUCUCCUGUUUAUCUGCACCCACCAGUAAGGCCUGGGGCUAGAAGAGAACCUUGUUAUCUAUCAGAAAGCCACAGAGCUCAAUGUAAAGCCCAACCCAGUCUGGACCUGCAAGUGGGUGGAGCUCUAAAGUGAGGCACGUGCCCCAAAUUCCUUAUUCCAAGAAUUCACACCUUAAGACAAAAGGAUAGGGAAUUAAUAUCUGCCCUCUCCCAGAAUCCCCACAUUUUUCUCCUUCUUUUACAAUCCAGUGAAAAAUAUCAGGGGACUGGGGUUGCAACUUUUUCUUAAGAUAGGUCAUUAGUGCUUUAAGCAAAAGAAUAGCAGCUUUGACUGCAGUAUUAGCAAUUAGGAAAAAAAAAUUACGUUCCCUGCGGACAUUUAACUUUGCCAUCAGUUUUGAUGUGGAAACACUGUGAUAUACAAAUGUUGUUGGACAACAUUAGUUUUAAAGAGUAAAUUUGAAAGGCUUAAAAAGUUUCACACACAAAAAGCUAGCUCUGUCCUUUACUUAUUGAGACACUUUAACUUUUUCCUUUGUAUUUUCAUUGUAUUAGAUAAAUAAAUGUGAAUGUAAAAUUGUAUAAAUUACUGUACUUGAAUACUUCUUUUCUCCCAGUAUUGCUUGCUGGAUAUUUUAGUGCCUUGGACUUCUAUUGCUUCUGCCGUUAGCAUCAAGUUUUCAGACCCCAGGUCACCAGAGGGCAUGUGGAAAGCAAUCUUAAAGGGUCCCUGUGACCCCAGCAGUGGAUAUGCCAUAAGGAUACAUUUUUUUUAAUCAUUCAACAAUUUUACCUAGAACAGGUCUAAGUAUGAUGAGAAGUUAACACUCAGUGGUUGAAAGCAGAAAGUUCUGUUUCAAGAAUAAUGAGGCAGGGUGUUAAACAAAAUUGGGCAAUUUAAAAGAUUAAGGGAGGUGUGAGCUGUAUGAAAGACAAAGGAAGGCUGGAGAAGGGAAAACAAACUUGUUUUGACAAGAUGUCAGAUUCCUGGCUAACUACUGUCACAGAUCUUGAGCUGGGCUAGAACCAACAAGAACUAGAAGAAAAUAAACAUAAAAAGAAAUGGGGUGGUUUUUAAGGUAGGAAGUGUGGUAGUGAUGAAAGGCAGACAGAGGAAGUUAAUAAAGCCUGUUUGGGUUGCCCACUCUUGGGGUACUGUAUUAUGGAAAAUGGAUCUGUUUCUAGCUUAGUUAAGAUUCGAAGGGGGGCUUAUUUCCUACCCAUUUGCCCUAUGAUAUCUAAGUGGUUGCACGAUCAUAAUCUAUUGUGCCACUUAUAUUUCUCUAUAAUGGUCUCAUGUUUUCUGCUCAUAGUCCCUUUAAAUAACUGCAACCAACCAGUAUUAUUUAGUGCUGUGACUAGUUGUAAUGGGCAGUUCUGUUACUUUCAGAGCUUUCUGGAAAUACUGACCCUACUUGGCUUUGUUUAAGAUCUAUUCUCAAAAGAUAAACUAAAACUCUUAAUUUCUUGGGUGCUUUUCUUGAUGUAUUUCCAACUUUUUACCCACCUUAAUGGCACACCACAGAAGUCAUCGUGAUAGAAAGAGCCUGGCUAUCUGAAUCCUGUUCAAGGCCCUGCUUUCUGUAAGUUGGCCUAUGCCCCAAAGGUGCGAACAAGAACUGAAGGUGUUAGGGAUGUAGAGGUAUAAAGAGCAGAGGUUUCAGGCCCUUCUACCAGUGCUGACUCAUUGAUUCUUUGAGGGAGGGCAAGAGAAAAGAGAGAACAGAGAAGGUGCCAAGUAAAUGAGAAGUGGACUUAGGGUGAAUGAGACACUUUCUACCAGAGUAAGAGGGAGCCAAAUGCAGCACGCACAUUGUUUUGUUAUUUUUGGUUUGAUAGUUCUAAGGUCUUUUCAUCCAUUCACAAAGAUUUAUUUACUGUUGAUCCCCCCCCCCUCCUGUGGAUGAAAUAACUGAAGCCUAGAGGAAGGAGCUAGUGCUACUGAACUGUUUAAAUUAUUUUUGUGUUAAUAGUACACUUUGAGUAUCUUUUCCACAUUAAAAAAAAACUUUCUGAGCUAUAAAUGUUUUCCUUACAUUAUUUAACAAUGUACACUUGUUUUAAAAAACUGAAUUCAAUUCUAGGGGUUUCUCAGCAGCCAUUAAUUGUACAUUUUGCACUAACUCUGGGUGUUGCGCUUCUUGUAAGAUUGCGCUUUGUGCUUCAGUUUGUUACCUUUGUAGACUUAUUUAAUGAAACCAUUCAAAUAAACCAAACUUGCUUUUGUUGA